GGCCCUCCCCCGGGAACAAUUCCAUCGAAGUUUUACCGCCGCCGCAGCGCAGAAAGAGACGACCGCUUUGGAGUUUGAGAAAGGAGGUGGAAGAGGGCGAGAGGCGCAGCCGCACCGACGCCGCAUCCGCGAGCCGAGGACGAGAUGGGGAUCUUCUGGAGCACACCGGAGCCACCGCCGCCGAUGGUGCUAGUGCCACCGCUCUUCGACUACCCUCCCAUCGCCGCCCGCACCAGGAUGUCGGUUCCGGCAUAUGAGCUAAUGUUUGGAAAGCUCUCGCUGCACAAUCUGUUUGAGGACUACUUUGAUCAGGCUGGGAAUAUGACCUCAAGGAUCAUGUUGAAGCCACUGGAAGAUCCUCAUGUUGAUUUGAUUGCUACUGUGUCUGCUGCUGCUGAUAAAAAAUGUGGAACAGAAGUAAAGGGGGAUGCUCUAUUUCGCUGGCAAAAAGAACUGGAUGAUCCCCAUACCUUUGUGGACCUUCUUGUGUCAACUUCAAAUCCCGUGUUGCAGCUGAGGUCAUGUGCGUAUGAUCCUAAGUAUCGUAUUGGUGCAUUUGGAACAUUACCUUUGCUAAUGGGAGACAGGGUGCGUGCAGAAGAUUAUGGGGUCAUGGGUGUCAGAUAUGGUUCAGAGAAUUUAUCACUUGGGGCGUCCUUUGUGCCAUUUCCUUUAUCCGGCGAGGUACCCCGUGGUGCAUGGUUGGUUGGGAGAAAAGGGAGCUUAACUGCAGGAGUUCAAUACAAGCCACUUAGUGGAAGCAAACAUCCUAUGCCAUUUACAGAGUUGGAGAACUGGAAUUGUGCAGUCAGUUAUGGUGUUGGCUCAACUAGCCCGCUCAGCCCUUCAUUCAUUUUUUCCCUAGAGCUUGUCAGAAAUACCCAGCUGACCGCAUCAUUCUAUCAGCACCUGGUUGUUCAAAGAAGGGUAAAAAAUCCUUUUGAAGAUGAUCAGGUUGUUGGCAUCACAAACUACAUUGACUUUGGACUUGAGUUGGCUGCCAGGGUUGAUAAAGAUAAGCCUACCGAGAAUGGCAAUUCCUUGUUUCAGUUGGCUGCAAGUUGGCAAGCUAACAAAAACUUCCUAUUAAAGGGAAAACUUAGUCCUUCCAAGUCUUCUGUAGCUGUGGCAUUCAAAUCAUGGUGGAAGCCAUCCUUUACAUUCAGUGUCACAGCUGUGAAUGAUCACUCAAAGGGGACAACGUCAUAUGGAUUUGGCCUUCGUGUUGAGGAUCUUAGACAGCCCAGUUACCAGAGAGCUGAUCCAAACUAUGUGAUGUUGACACCAAGCAAGGAACACUUGGCACCAGGUGUUUUGCGUGAGUACGGGAAGCGGCCCAUGUUCCAGACACAGAUUGAUUCGGGCAACUAUGACCAUUUACCAACAGAGUUGAAGCCUAUUGGCAAGAUAUUCUAACUGUAGGCUGUUUCUGGUCAUCUUUUAGUAAGAGUUUUUCCGGCAAGUACGUCUGCAACGUCGUGUAAACAGUACCCCUAUUAUUUCGUCGAGAGAGGAUUGUAGCCUCUUUCAGUUCUUCAAGAACAUUUUUAGAAGUUGUUCCAAGUGGCAGAAAUUUUGUUGUGCCAAGGUCUGCUCCUUGUAGCAGAAUGGGAACUUCCCUUUACAUGUUACAAUCAGAUCGAAUUCCACAUAAUGAAGGCAAUCAACUUCUGACUA